AUGGCAGCGAACCAGGGAGCGCUCCCGUCCUUCAUCUGCCCCAUCAGCAUGGCGCUCAUGACCGAUCCUGUCACCAGCUGCGAUGGCCACACCUACCAGAGAUCCUCCAUCGAGACCUGGCUCCGCCAUCGUCUCUCCAGCCCCCUCACCGGCGCCCUCCUCCCCUCCGACCACCUUGUCCCCAACCUCGCUCUCCGCAGCGCCAUCCAGGAGUGGCAGGAGCGACACGCG